AUGUCCGAUAGAGAAAAUAUUACUGACCAAGAAAAUAUUGACGAAUUUCAAAUUGAAGAAGUUUCCACUUAUCCAAUAAACAAUAAUAUUUUGUAUCGUGAACGUGUAAAUAAAGUCACUAAACGUAGCUUCAACUAUGUAAUUAUAAAAGAAGGUGUUUAUCCUAAUGGAACUCAAACUGGACCAAAGAGUCUACAAGAUUCAGUAAUUUGUAAAACAACUUGGGGACGUGCAUCCAAAAAGAAGACUAUUCGUUGUGAAAUUGAUUAUAUUAAUGAAAUACCACAAUUUCAUAUUAAAUAUGGCUCCAACUUUCAAUAUGUUGUUUUUUCGAGCAAAUCUCCAUCUGAUGAAGCAUAUAAUUAUGAGAGAGCUUUAAAACCAGAAACAAAAGCUACUCUUUCAGGUCCUCUUGUGUUUGGAUUACAAUUAAAAAGUGUAAAAAAAGCACGUGAAUCCAGGAAAAGAGGCAAUUUAAUUAAACCAGCCAUCAAUUGUACUUCAUCAACGCUUGAAAAACGUGCAAAAAAAAUUGCAUCAAAAGUGCGGGCUAGUUUUAAUAAUGAUAUCAAAGGAGUUUAUCACCAAUCUGACGAAAUUGUAUUAAAAUCAGUUGAAUUUUCAGUUAAUAAACUGGAUUUUCAAUUAGAUUACGAAGAAGGUGAAAAUCAAAUGGAAAAGGGUCAUCAACUUCAAUCUAUAGUGAAAACUAUAGAUCAAGGACAAAUACCAAGAGAUUCUUAUCGAGAUUUAGCUGCUGCAGAGCAUCAUUUACCACGUGAAAAUACUGUUUCUAAUGAGCGAAUUGCAAUUACCAAACAUAUGAAUAAAAUAAUUAAAUUUUCGUUGGUGAAUAUGAAAGAUAAAAAUGAAUUAAAUAAUAUUACAUCUCAAGAACCAGAUAUUACGAACCCUGAGAUUGUACAAGAAGUUAUUAAUACUAUGGGAUUAGGAAUUCGUCGUAGUGCAAAAGAUAUUUUGGUCUAUAUAAUUCCUCAAUUGCAAAAACAGCAGAUCUUAAAAUCAUCAGAUCCAAUUAUACAUCUGCGUGUUUCUGGAGAUGGUAGAAACGUUGGACGGAAGAUCAAACAUGUCAUGGUGACAUUUAUGAUUUUAAACCAUGAAAAUCGACAUCACCAUGCAGAUUAUCAUUACACUGUAGCGUUAUAUCCUAGUACUGAAAAAUACGAUACGCUUAAAUUUAUGUUAAGUCUCUUUAUUAAUGAACUAAAAUCAUUCAAAGAAAAUGGGUUAGAAGUCUCAGGAAUUUUGUGGAAAUUUGAACUAUACUUCAGUUCCGAUUGGAAAUUUUUGGCUAUUUGUCUUGGAUUAAAUGGCCAUACUGCAAACUAUUUUUGCCCCUGGUGCUGUUGUUCAAAGAAUCAAAUUGGAGAUUUGAAUAAAAAUUGGUGUAUUGAAAAAAGUAUAGAUCAACUUAUAACAAACUAUAAUGAAAUCAACAGACAUAUUAAUCCUCCUAUCUUUAGUAUAAUUCCAAUAGAAAACAUAAUCUUUGAUGAAUUACAUGCUCUCUUACGAAUUACUGAUAGACUCUGGGAAUUGAUGCUUGCAGAAAUCCAAGAAAAUGGUUUGUUUAAUGAUCUGACACGAAGUGUUAUUUUGGGUGAAAUGCAAAGAUUAAAAGUGUCUUUUCACUUCUGGGAAGAUGAAAAAUCUCACAUUUGGAAAUAUACAUCUCUUAUGGGAGAUGACAAAAAAACUGUUUUGCAGUUUUUUAAUUUAAAAUUACUCUUCAAACCUUCUCGUGCAGAAUUAAUUCGUAAGCUUUGGGAUGGAUUUUAUGAAUUGUAUUGUGCCCUCCGAAAUAAAAAUACAGAUCCAGCACAAUUAAAGCAGCAAUCUCUUGAGUGGUUAUCUCUGUUUCUCACUCCAUCACAAGGAAAUCCUUCUCGUCCAAAAACAUAUGUUCGAGGAUUAUAUAUGCCAAAUCAGAUAACCCCUUAUAUGCAUGCAUUGGUUUAUCACGGGUGGGAACUUUUAGAAAAGCAUAAAAGAUGGGGUUUUAAAGCAUUUUCUUGUUCUGCUGUUGAGAAAAAGAACCAUAAUCAAGUCUCUACUUUUUUUCGUAAAACACUCAAAAAUGGUGGUGAUUUGCUUAAACGAAAAUCCGCAAUACAGAAGAUAAUAGAAUAUGAAAAUAGAUCACUUUAUUUUAAUUACAAU